AUGUCCCAAUCAUCAGGUCCCUUGUGCACUCCCAUCACGCCAGCAUCGCCAUUCAGCAGGAUGGACCUAGGUUGGACAAAGCAACAAAACCUGUCUCUGGUCAUGUGGAUUGACUGCGACUGGGAACGGAUCCACUACUUUAUUCACCAGAGGUUGGAUAUGUGCAGCACGCCGACGCAUGCUGCAUUGGCCUCCCAGGCCUAUGCGAGCAUCUUUGGCAACCAAGGUAACCUGACCGCCAACACUUGCCACGGGCUGAUCAAGCUCCAAAUCAAUGUUCUUUUGACCGGCAAGGCUGGCAAUCUUCAAUGGUGCUUGGUUGUCAGCAAAUGCCUGGAAGAGAGCAGCAAUGGGGGAAUGUAUGCAAUGUACGCUGGAUGCUGUCACCGCAAUGUGCCCAACAGACCCCAGUUGCGCAUGCAGCAGGAUGCCAAGGCUGGCAGUGUAGGAUCGAGAAGGACCAACGCUUCCUCGUCAUCGCGCGUCGCCGCAGCUGGAUCAUCGACAUCCGACCUCCUGCCAUCCUCACCAACACCAACACCAACACCUGCGCAUCAAGCUGGUUUGUCCUCCCAGCUGCUGCCGUCUUUGCCGAUCAUGGCAACGUCCCCUGGUGCCUCUGCAAGCACGGCUACGGUUGCACCUUCCGCAAGCCAGCCGCCUCUGCCGCCAGCACCCCUCGCCAUUGGUCUGUCUGCACAGUUGGCUGGACACAUACCCAGCGUCCAAUUGCCUGCAGGCAUUGUAUUUGCCUGCCAAAUGAGUCUGCUCACCAGGACUUGUGCUACAAAGGUCACCGUGGAGUUCAUGACUGGAUCCACACAUCACUACCUGGCACCCUGCUCCAUCCAGAAGCUUGGGGCCAGGUACACGUCAGACCAACAGUUCCGUCUGAACUUCAUGGUGCGCACAACUUGGAAAGAAUUCAAAGCAGUGGCCAAUGCCAAGGUUCAUGCUUAUGCCCUCAAGUUUGUGCCUCAUAAAUUUGUUGCGGAGGGCAAAUACUACGCUGAGCAAGCACAGCUACAGUGGCAUCUUCUGCAAGCCAGCCGCCUCCACUGCCAGCACCCCUCGCCAUUGGUCUGUCUGCACAGUUGGCAAAUGGUCAGCAACCCCCCGCUGUUCACCUGCCUGCAGGCAUUGUGUCUGCCUGCCAAACCAAGCUGGUUGUUGGGGCUUGUUGACCUGUGA